ACAGAGACUUAAGGGACAAAGUUCGGAUUGGGUUAUGUUUGGUGCAAGGAAAAGAGGGUACCCACGGCUUCAAACACACAUUGAUCCUUGAUUCGAACUUUAGACAAUUACCCACGGCUUUAGAAAUAAAAGUCUGAACAUUGAUCUUGUUUGGUACCCGCGGCUUUAAAAUCUAUAGACAUAUGGAUCAUGUUCGGUUUCUUGUUUCAAUCUUUAGACAAAGAUUAAGUUACCCACGACUUAAAAAAUUCUUCAGACAGAGACUUGAGGUUCGAAAACACCAAUCUUUAGACAAAAUACUGGAUUGGGUUAUGUUUGGUGAAAGGAAUGGUACCCACGACUUCAAACUUUAGUCUUUAGAUUGAGACUUGAGUCUGAACAUUGAUCCUUCUUGGUACCCUCGGCUUGAAAAUAUCUAGGCAUAUGGAUCAUGUUCGGUUUCUUGUUUCACUUUUUAGACAAUGAUCAAGUUACUCACGGCUUAAAACAGUCUUUAGACAGAGACAUGGGGUUCGAAGUAACCAAUCCUUUAAACAAAAGAUUGGAUUGGGUUCUGUUUGGUGGAAGGAAGAUGGUACCCACGGCUUCUAACUUAGUCUUUAGACUGAGACUUGAGACUGAACAUUGA